CCCGAUUAACAAAUGUAUGAGUUCUUCAUCUUUGGACAUCGGAAGGUGGACUGAAGAAUAAAUUGAAUCAUCCAUAUCAAUUCUGACUGUUUUCUUAAAGUCCUGUCCUUAGCCUUUUCUUGUCAGGUUAUGAUUAAAAGAUCAUGAAUAUAGUGAGGAUUUAAAGAAUCGUGCCUAGAAGAUAGCACAAUGUAAGACUUACCACAAGUACACAAGUAGGUAUUCAUACGAGCGCAAAUUCCAUGUGCUUUCAUUUCACAAGGUCUCUUUCUUAUAUUAUAAAAUAUAGUCAGAGCGACUAGAAAGUUAGCUAGUAGAAGAAGUACACGAAUAGAUGGUAACACGGAAGAUAAACACUCACAACAUUCUAUAAUAUCGCUCCACAAGUUCUCUGCAAGUUCCGGCCUCCCAAACCAAGAGAUAAGAAGAUGAACUAGCAAAGCAGCAUUCAAGGUACUGUAAUGCAUAGUCAAUGAAGGCUGAGGUUGAAAGCAUGCAUCAUUAUACCGAAAAAACAGUAUCCGUGAAAAUAUUGACGGGUGGAAACCGUACCCGUCGGAAUCCCGCCGCGGAGUUAGUUCUAUCCGGAGGGUACAAGGUCGAUGGUAUUUAACGGAUUUUCACUUGAUAUUGUGAAAGACCAACACCUAAGGUGCAAAGGUGUUGAUUUAGCCAAAACCUUGAGUCCUUCAAAGCUGCUAGAAAAACGAGGUCUUUAUACUACCUGUACUAAGUUCUCCCCUCUUUAAAAGUCAUAAUUGGAGAUAGAUUCGUUCAUCCAAACCAAAUGUAUUGGGCAUUUCUGAUGGUUUCUAGUUUUUCAAAUGAGCGGUUGGCAGUGAAUGUUGAAGCUGCACAUAUCUUACCGACAAUGAUGAACAUCGCUAUCGGGAAUUCAAUGUCUUUUCACAUCAUACUAGCAGGAGGAAAGGGAAGAUGCAGAUCACAGGUUUUUGCACAACAAAUCCCAGACAAGUCUACCUACUCAUACCAUCCAACCUUAAGUCUUCAUCC